UUCCUCCUCUCCUCAUCGGCUCGUCUCCUUCUCUCUCCCCUUUACUGUCUCCAAUCUGAUAUCCAUUGCUCCCCUUCCUUCCAAGCUCGCUGAGGCCAUGGCGGCAAUGGUGAGUACAUUGACGGCUCCCGUUGCCGUGUUCUUGGCGCUGAUGCUGCUGAUGUUCAGUGGCGCGGAGGCCAAGUUCCUAUCCAACAACAUCACCGUGGUUGGUUCUGUUUACUGCGAUGCCUGCUCAAACAACACCUUCUCCAAGCAUAGUUUCUUCUUGAAAGGAGCCAGGGUGUUGAUCCAGUGCAACUUCAAGGUGAACUCGACCUCGGAGGAGGAGCUCUCCCUGGAGGCGGAGCGCACCACCGACCAGAACGGCGUGUACAAGCUCGACGUGCCCCCCGUCGACGGCUUCGCAUGCCACGAGGGCCACGAGCUCCGCUCGGCGUGCCGCGCCACGCUCGUCCAGAGCUCCUCCGCCGCCUGCAACGUCCCGGGCCUCAGGGGCUCCACGCAGCACAUCGCGCUCCGCUCCCGCGCCACCAACGCCUGCUUCCUCAACCUCAACGCGCUCAACUUCCGCCCGGCCAAGCGCGACGGCGCCCUCUGCCACGGCGGCGGCGGCAGCGACGGUGGCGCGUUCGGCUCGUUGCUCUUCUUCUGGCCGUUCUUGCCUCUCUUCUGGCCACCGUUCCGGCUCCCGUUCCCCGCACCGGCCGGCGCCGGCGGGAUGGUGUCGUUCCCGUGGCCGUACCCCGUGCCGGACUGGCUCGUGCCCUUCCUGCGGCCACCGUUCUUGCCAUUCCCGCUCUACGAGCCGGCGCAGCCGCAGUUCUACCGCUUCCCGCCUUCCCAAGAAGCGGACUCUCGCCCAUAGACAGGCAUGGUCCAUGAGCCAUGUUCAGAAGAACCUUGUCAAGAUAUGAGAUUUCAGCCUUCUUGCCAAGAUUGUUUUCAGAAUGUGUGUUUUAGUGCUGAGAGACUGAGAGGUCGUGUGAUAUUUGGUCUCAUGUCAGGUGACCUGUGUGUCAUGCUCAUGGAUGUAAUUGGAGCUAGUACUGGUGUUGCCAUGGUGUUCAUUGAGCUGAUGGACAUAUGGAUGUGAUAUGAUGUAGUGACAAUAGUUACUGGUGUUGAACUUCUGAUCAAAGUUCAGCGGAAAAUGAGUA